UUUUCAAAAUCGGUAAAGGGGAACCCAAGAUAAUCCCCUCUCUGAGGGCCUUUAUAGUGCUGAACUCUCCAAAGGACUUGAAACAAGUUUAUUAAUUGUUACAUACAAAAAACACACACGUUUCAGUGGAAGUUCUACAGUCGGCUGGCUAGCUGCGCGUGUGUGCGGCGGGUGUCUGGUGAUCAAAACAUUGCGAAAAUCAUGCAUAAUAUUCGACAGUGAAACCCAAAAUGUCGGCUGAUCAGAAAGAGAGGGCAGUGGCAGCCAUUGUAGGGUGUGUUGUCAGUGAUGCUGCAGCCCAGCCACUACAUUGGAUUUACAACCUAGGCAAGCUGGAUGGCAUCGUCGGCAGUCGCAGAGACUCAGUUGAAUUCUGGGAACCGUCUCACAACCCAUUCUAUUGUAUUGAGACUGGACAGGGCACCAGUUACGCUGACCAAACCCAAACACUGCUGGAGUCCUUGGUUGCUUGUGAAGGUUUCAACAAGGCAGAUUUUGCACAGAGAUUAAAAGCCACAUUUGGGCCAGGUUCACGCUAUGACAACCAGCUGAAUAGCAAGUAUGUUAUGAAGAGUGGCAAGCAGAAGGGAUACCCAAUCGAUGGUCCCUGGAACCCAAAGGUCAUGAAGGACUUCUUGGCCAAGUACGCUCAGGGUAUGCAGUUCACAGGGAGUAGAGAUGUGGCCGACAUGGGUGCUGUCGUUCCAGUUGUUGCCAUGGUAGCAAUGUACGCAGGUAGAACAGAAAUGCUGGAAAAAGUGGAAGAGGCUUUAACUGUGCUUUACGAACUUGAGGAGGCAGUCGCCGUAGGGAUGGCUGCUGCCAGAAUUCUGGAGCAGUUCGUGUUGCAUCCUGGAAUGGAUGGUGUCGCUGCCAUUGGAGCCGUUAUGCAACAGCUGUCCGACCCGAAGAGGGCCAACCCUAACGACCUUGACAGAGCUGUGAUUGGUCAAUUGAAGAAUGUACUGGAGAAGAAGACUAGUGAGCAUCGUCAUGCGGCCAAGAAGUUCUUUUUGAACAGCUGAGACCUACCCGGGGCCUUUCAGUCGGCCCUUCAUUCGCUGAUAAACCACACUGACUUGGCAGCUGGUGUCCGGACGACCAUCAUGGCCGGAGGAUGCAAUGCGAGUCGCUCGGGGUUCAUCGGCUCUUGUCUCGGAGCAAGAAACGGCUCACAGGGUAUCCCAGAGACCUGGAAAUCCAAGACCUUCUCCUACUCCAAGGUCUUAGAACUUUCACAAAAGUUGGUUGCAAUUAAACUUCCAGAAUAACUUAAUCAUCUCAGGAAUUGUAUUAUAAUAUUUUCAUAUCUUUAGUAUUUGGAACUUAAAUAUUUCCAUGACAUUUUGUUGAAUUUAUGAUGAAGUUGGACUAAAAUGUCUUUGUACAUGUUUAAUUUUUGACGGCAAUGCCAUAUCAAUAAUGUCAUGGAAGAAUUUGAACCGAAUACCGAGAUAUAUUUAUCAGUAGCAAGGGUUAGCUAUACUCAAUUAAGUGCCGACCGCAAAAUGUGUAUGCAUGUGAUGCGAACAAACACACAAGUUAUUCGUAUAACACUUGCAAUUACAUGUUAUUAGCUUACCAGAGAACAUGCUUACCUUACAAUCGUUAUCAAAGUAUCAUCGCAAGUCUUUCUUCACAAACUAUCUUGUAUGUGCACGACGGCAGCAGUAUUCAAUAUUUUGCACUUAAAUUGUGUGCUGAUCGAAGUGGCUUAAUUUUUCUUCUGAGCCGGUCGCCAUCGAGUGGUGGUCAGGACGACCAGCAAUAUUUUGAUGUCUCUUUAAACAUUUCAAGUAGAAACUUAUUUGACAAACGAUGUAUUAAAGUACUGGUAAACAAUUUUGCAUUUAUAAACAACUAGUUAUGCCCAACUAGCCCAAGAAAAACAGAAAAAUGUUUGCCAUAUUUUUGAGCCAUAAUAUGAAUUGCACCACCAGUGAUGCAUUUCAAUCACAUUUUAUUCAAAACAACAACUUAGUUAUAGAGAAUUUUACAUUUCUGAAUAAUAUGUCAUAUAUUUAUUGAGAAAGCUCAUAAAAUUGUUUCUUUGUUACCAGAGGCAGCUGUUAAUAUGUUUAACAAUUUUUGUAUGGUAUCAAUAAAGUGAUUAUUUAUCAAUUAGAACUUGUUGUCUCUAUAAGUAAAUGCAGUGAGUAUCGAGUGACAAGAAAACUUAAGUA